GGUUCACUCGGUUCGGGGAGUUAUUUGACGCUACCGCCCCUGGCAGUCGGAAGUUGCCAGAGCGGAGCCCAGCCGGCCGGCCCGACUGGCCUUCGUCGUCCCCCGGCGCCCUCGGAGAGUCGCUGACGGGUGGACGGACCGACCGCCCGAGAAUAGCCGGCCUGGGCAGCAAAAGCGCCGGCACUAUGGCGCGGGUAGCGUGAGGCGGAAGGCCGAGCGCGGCCGGCGGCGGCGGCGGCGGCGGCGGCGGCGCCCGCCCCAGCGAUGCGGGCCCCGCCCGUCGCCUCAGGUGCCAUUUGGAUAGUCCUUUAGCGGCACGAUGUACUCUGAGUGGAGGUCACUGCAUUUGGUGAUUCAGAAUGAUCAGGGCCACACGAGUGUGCUGCACAGCUAUCCAGAGAGCGUUGGGCGAGAGGUGGCAAAUGCAGUGGUCCAUCCCCUUGGGCAGGCCUUAGGUACCCCUUCAGUGGCUGGUAGUGAGAGUUUGUUAAAAACUGACAAAGAAGUGAAAUGGACCAUGGAAGUAAUUUGCUAUGGACUGACCCUUCCACUGGAUGGAGAGACUGUAAAAUAUUGUGUUGAUGUAUAUACAGAUUGGAUUAUGGCUUUAGUAUUGCCGAAAGAUUCUAUUCCGUUGCCAGUUAUUAAAGAGCCUAAUCUAUAUGUUCAAAGUAUACUAAAACACCUGCAAAAUCUUUUUGUACCAAGACAGGAACAGGGCUCCAGUCAGAUCCGACUAUGCUUACAGGUCCUGAGAGCCAUUCAGAAACUGGCCCGUGAGUCAUCCAUCAUGGCACGAGAAACGUGGGAAGUCUUACUGUUGUUUCUUCUGCAGAUUAAUGACAUACUUCUAGCCCCGCCAACUGUUCAAGGUGGCAUUGCUGAGAAUCUAGCAGAGAAGUUGAUUGGUGUUCUCUUUGAGGUUUGGUUACUAGCUUGUACUCGGUGCUUUCCAACACCACCUUAUUGGAAAACAGCCAAGGAGAUGGUGGCGAACUGGAGGCACCACCCCGCAGUGGUGGAGCAGUGGAGCAAGGUCACCUGUGCACUCACUUCGAGAUUGCUACGCUUUACGUAUGGUCCUUCAUUUCCUCCAUUUAAAGUUCCUGAUGAAGAUGCCAGUCUGAUCCCUCCUGAAAUGGAUAACGAGUGUGUAGCACAGACCUGGUUUCGCUUCUUACAUAUGUUAAGUAAUCCCGUGGAUUUGAGUAACCCGGCCAUUAUAAGCUCUACUCCCAAAUUUCAGGAACAGUUCUUAAAUGUUAGUGGAAUGCCACAAGAAUUGAAUCAGUAUCCCUGCCUUAAACAUCUGCCUCAAAUAUUUUUUCGUGCCAUGCGUGGAAUCAGCUGUCUGGUGGAUGCAUUCUUAGGCAUUUCUAGACCCCGAUCAGACAGUGCUCCUCCAACCCCCGUGAAUAGAUUAAGUAUGCCUCAAAGCACUGCUGUGAGUACCACCCCACCACAUAACCGGAGGCACCGGGCUGUUACUGUGAAUAAGGCCACCAUGAAGACAAGCACAGUUAGUACUGCUCAUGCCUCGAAAGUUCAGCACCAGACAUCAUCCACCUCUCCUCUCUCAAGUCCCAAUCAGACUAGUUCUGAACCCCGGCCACUGCCUGCCCCUCGGAGACCAAAGGUUAACAGCAUCUUGAAUCUCUUUGGAUCAUGGUUAUUUGAUGCAGCAUUUGUUCACUGUAAACUUCAUAAUGGGAUAAACAGAGACAGCAGCAUGACUGCCAUUACAACACAAGCUAGCAUGGAGUUUCGGCGGAAAGGGUCACAAAUGUCCACAGACACCAUGGUUUCCAAUCCUAUGUUUGAUGCAAGUGAAUUUCCUGAUAACUAUGAAGCAGGAAGAGCUGAGGCUUGUGGGACACUGUGUAGGAUUUUUUGUAGCAAGAAGACUGGAGAAGAGAUUCUACCAGCUUAUUUAUCCAGAUUUUACAUGCUUUUAAUUCAAGGUUUGCAGAUAAAUGAUUAUGUGUGCCAUCCUGUCUUGGCCAGCGUUCUUCUAAACUCCCCUCCUUUGUUCUGCUGUGACUUGAAAGGGAUUGAUGUUGUGGUUCCUUACUUUAUUUCAGCUCUUGAAACCAUUUUGCCUGACAGAGAGCUCUCAAAAUUCAAAAGCUAUGUAAAUCCAACAGAAUUGAGAAGAUCUUCCAUUAAUAUCCUCCUUUCUUUGUUGCCCCUCCCUCAUCAUUUUGGCACAGUCAGAUCUGAGGUGGUCCUGGAAGGAAAGUUUAGUAAUGAUGACAGCUCUUCAUAUGAUAAACCAAUAACUUUUUUGUCCCUGAAGUUGCGACUUGUGAAUAUACUAAUAGGUGCCUUGCAAACAGAAACGGACCCCAACAACACUCAGAUGAUACUAGGGGCAAUGUUAAAUAUUGUUCAAGAUUCAGCACUUUUAGAAGCCAUUGGUUGCCAAAUGGAGAUGGGUGGUGGAGAGAAUAACCUGAAGAGUCAUAGUCGCACUAAUAGUGGUAUUAGUUCAGCAAGUGGUGGAAGCACAGAGCCCACAACUCCUGACAGUGAAAGACCUGCUCAAGCUCUCCUAAGGGAUUAUGAUUCAGCUGCUGGGCUCCUGAUUCGCAGCAUUCAUCUUGUCACCCAAAGACUCAACUCCCAGUGGCGCCAAGACAUGAGCAUAUCACUGGCAGCUCUAGAGCUCCUCUCUGGCCUUGCUCAGGUGAAGGUGAUGGUUGACUCUGGAGACCGGAAGAGAGCCAUCAGUUCCGUGUGCAGCUACAUUGUGUACCAGUGUAGUCGGCCAGCUCCUCUUCACUCCCGGGAUCUGCACUCCAUGAUUGUAGCAGCUUUUCAGUGUCUCUGUGUCUGGCUGACAGAGCACCCUGAUAUGCUUGAUGAAAAGGACUGUCUUAAGGAGGUAUUGGAGAUUGUGGAACUGGGUAUUUCAGGAAGUAAGUCCAAGAACAGUGAGCAAGAGGUCAAGUACAAAGGAGAUAAGGAGCCAAAUCCUGCGUCUAUGAGGGUAAAGGAUGCUGCAGAAGCCACCCUAACAUGUAUUAUGCAGUUGCUUGGAGCAUUUCCUUCACCCAGUGGUCCUGCCUCUCCUUGUAGUCUGGUGAAUGAGACCACUUUGAUUAAAUACUCCAGAUUGCCAACCAUAAACAAGCAUAGUUUCCGGUACUUUGUCUUGGAUAACAGUGUCAUCCUGGCAAUGCUGGAGCAACCUCUUGGAAAUGAACAGAAUGAUUUUUUCCCCUCUGUCACUGUGCUGGUCCGGGGAAUGUCUGGAAGACUUGCUUGGGCACAACAACUUUGCCUUUUACCCAGAGGAGCAAAAGCAAAUCAGAAGCUUUUUGUACCUGAACCUCGUCCAGUUCCUAAAAAUGAUGUUGGAUUUAAAUAUACUGUCAAACAUCGACCAUUUCCUGAAGAGGUGGAUAAGAUUCCUUUUGUGAAAGCAGAUCUGAGCAUUCCAGAUUUGCAUGAAAUUGUCACUGAAGAAUUGGAAGAAAGACAUGAAAAAUUAAGGAAUGGCAUGACCCAGCAGAUUGCUUAUGAAGUACAUCUUGAACAACAAAGUGAGGAAGAGCUGCGGAAGAGAAGUUUUCCUGAUCCAGUUACGGAUUGUAAGCCUCCACCUCCUGCCCAGGAAUUCCAAACAGCACGCCUCUUCCUUUCUCACUUUGGAUUUUUGUCCUUAGAAGCACUGAAGGAACCUGCAAAUAGUCGCCUACCUCCUCACCUUAUUGCACUUGAUUCCACGAUACCUGGAUUUUUUGAUGACAUUGGGUAUCUGGAUCUCUUGCCAUGUCGUCCCUUUGACACAGUUUUUAUUUUCUAUAUGAAACCAGGUCAGAAAACCAACCAGGAGAUUUUAAAGAAUGUGGAAUCUUCCAGAAAUGUUCAGCCACAUUUCCUAGAAUUUUUGCUUUCCCUUGGCUGGUCAGUAGAUGUGGGCAGACACCCGGGUUGGACUGGGCAUGUUUCCACCAGUUGGUCUAUUAACAGUUGUGAUGAUGGCGAAGGACCGGAACAAGAUGAAGUUAUUUCUUCUGAAGACGUUGGGGCUAGCAUUUUCAAUGGACAGAAGAAGGUGCUGUAUUAUGCCGAUGCCCUUACGGAAAUAGCUUUUGUAGUUCCUUCUCCUGUGGAGUCCUUAACUGAUUCUUUGGAAAGUAACAUCUCGGACCAAGAUAGUGAUUCAAAUAUGGAUCUUAUGCCUGGAAUUCUAAAACAGCCAUCCCUGACACUUGAGCUUUUCCCUAAUCACACAGACAAUCUUAAUUCCUCACAGCGGCUUAGUCCCAGUUCCAGAAUGAAGAAGCUUCCUCAGGGUCGCCCUGUGCCUCCCCUUGGACCUGAGACCAGAGUUUCUGUAGUCUGGGUGGAGCGCUAUGAUGAUAUAGAAAACUUUCCCCUCUCAGACCUGCUGACAGAGAUCAGUACUGGUGUGGAAACUACUGCAAACAGUAGCACUUCUCUGAGAUCUACCACUCUUGAAAAAGAAGUUCCUGUCAUCUUUAUCCACCCUUUAAACACUGGAUUAUUCCGGAUAAAAAUUCAAGGAGCCACUGGAAAAUUUAACAUGGUCAUCCCGCUUGUGGAUGGGAUGAUUGUCAGCAGGCGAGCACUUGGUUUUCUGGUAAGGCAGACUGUAAUUAAUAUUUGUAGAAGAAAGAGACUGGAGAGUGACUCCUACAGUCCACCACAUGUCCGCCGGAAACAGAAAAUCACAGACAUCGUCAACAAGUACCGGAAUAAGCAGCUGGAGCCAGAGUUUUAUACUUCACUUUUCCAGGAGGUUGGACUCAAGAACUGCACUUCUUAGACACUGUCUGUCUAGGACUCUUGAACUCCAGUUUGGGGCUAUGAUAUCAGAGCAAAACAAUUGGAUAGGUGAUCACUGUAAAAAGAAAAACCAAUCACUCCCCAAGAGCUUACUGUUUAAUCACCAGAAUAGAAGAAACACAUUAUAAACCCAUUUGAUAGAAGACUUUUGGCUUUCUAGUGAAAUGGGCUCCCAGACACAAUCAUAUUCCUGCUGGUAAUGAUGAUAUACAUUUUAGCCAUAAACUUUCUUUUAAAAGUGACAAUUUUAGUUAAAUAUAAGCCUUUUGAGGAGAAAGGCUUCCUGCAUCUCAGUUAAACACGUGCAUUGGUAGUAUCAAAUUUGCAAAUUAGAAGUUGAAGAUAGUUUUAUACUUCACUUUUUAGGAGGUUAUGUUCAGAAUUAAAAUCUGUCUCAGAAUCUUCCAGGACAUUCAAAGACUCAUGCUGAUGAUAGCAUGGAGGAGAAGGAAAGAAAUCUCAGCUUUCUGCUCACUUGUAAGUUUAUUUGUCGUCCAGCUGUCCGCCUGACAGAAAUGAGCAUAAAUGUGUUUUGUUUAGGUAAGAAGCCUGACAUUAAAAUAUUUCAUGUUUCCUCUCCACCUUUCACAAAGUUAUCGUCCUCAUUACUGCACAGAUCUCUCUGAAGGCCUCAGUUUCUGGGCAGCCCAGGAGCAGAUCUACAUUGGAGGCAUGGCUCUGUCCUUUAAAGGGGACACGAGUGGCGUUGGGGUUAGAAAGUGAGACAGCAGUGAUGCCUCCACUCUCUCCAUUGCUGUGUGGCUUGGGACAUGAUGACAGGCUAAGCAUUCGUAAUUCCUUGGUUAAAUUUUAAGAAAUGGAAGUUCGCAACAAGGGUUGAAAAUAACUUGGUUUCAUCCAUUGACUCUUACUUCAGGACCAAGCAGGAAACUGCAGUAGUUUAUGAAGGAUUCUAAUUUGGGGUUCAGGAAACAGCCUCUCAACGCUACUAAUUCAGAUCUCUCCGAGGGCGCUCCUGGAUUUCAUCGUAAUUGGCAAACAUUAGUGACCACCCCCUAGGGUGACUGCUAUUAGAAAUGGUUGUUGUUGUCAUGUUUUCUGGACUUUUGCCAGCCAAAGGCACAACAAAUCCCUGCCCGGGUUUUGGAAAUAUUUGUUACCUCACUGCUGCUUUUCUGCCAGGGAUAAAUAUUUUGAAGUGGCCAGACCCAGAGCAACCUUCCGAGGAUUCCUGUUACAGUGCUAGAGUAUACACUGCUCAUUUCUCCUGUUCUUCCAUGCUUUCUUCUUUAUUAAGAUUAUUUUAUGUUAAGAAAAUAAGUGACAUUUGAAGUCCAAAGAGGAGUGCUCACAGCUGUUUUAGGGGUGGUUUUCCACGUGAACUCUGGAGUCAAUAGACUGUAGGUCAGGGCUGCGAUGGUGUGUUUGGUUUGAUGUUUGGGGAGUUCAUUGAGGGGAUAACGUAGGGCUUAGUUCCCUGUGCAGAUAUUUCUAUUCCAAAAGUACGUGUUUUGUCAUCUAUGAGCAAGAAAUUUGGGUAUCCUAGCAACUCUUGGGUUUAAGUUUGCUGUACCCGUUCCUUCAUAUUUGUUUUAAGCUCAGGUAAAGCUUACCUCCUCCUCCUGUGACUCCUGUUUCCAUUCAGGGUAUGGUAUUUUUGAAUAAUUGAUUUUCUUUUUAAUCUGGGCAAUAAAUUGAUGUUUCCAGAUGGUAGCAUGGGGGUAGGGGUGUAGGAUAAAGAUGAGCAAAUUCUACUCUAAAAAUAUUUUAUUAACUCAGCAGGUGUAAAGUGAAGUUUAACAACUUUCAUGGAAAUUCCAGAUUGACAUUUCAUGGGAAAAAUGGGCCUUUUUUCUGGUGGACUUGAACAAAGAAGGCUUAAGUCAAUAGGCAACUCAUAACAUUCCAGAGGUUAAAAAUAACUGAUGUAGGUGUGCUUCCUCAGUGUGAUUCUUCAGAUAAAACCUUUAGCACAGAUUUACUGUCAGCAAAAUAUACUGUGAUGUGCGUGUUGAGGGUAGGCUUCCUGAUCCUUCCGUUUGCUCUCAUUUCUGGCAAUGCUUUGUAAUUCUCCUGACUGAGAAGUGAAUAACCGUGUUGAAUGCAGUUUGUAAUCUGGAAGCCUGUGAUCUCCCAGGGAAGGAGGGAUCGAUGCAGAGCUGUGCAGCCCCCGAAGGCAUGAGACCCCAGUGUGUACAGCACAAGUAGAACAUAGGGGUACAUCUACCUCAUGAGGUGCCCCUUCCUUCUGCUCAAAAUAACAUUUACCUAAAAAGGGAGUAUGGUAAGAACACUGGGAACCUUUCACUAGUAUGGGUUUGAGUUCAUGGUCACUAAGUUCACCCAAUUGCCUUUGCUAGAAUCACUUCAAGUAGAAUAAUGCCAGAGGAGCAUAUUUAGUCCCUAGUGAUAACCUUUAGUAGUCCACUUGAUAAAUUUGGUUCCUAACCUUCAAAGGGAAGCCUGGACCACUUUGGUCUGUGGCUUAAACAGUAUAGUUGCUGCAUGUGACAGGUAUUCUCAGGGGGUGGAUGAGUGUGGCAUUCGGUGACAAGGAAAGCAUUACCCAAGGGACAGAGGCAGGUAGCCCCUUGUAGUCCUUUUUCCCAUUCGGGAGAUCAGAGCUUUCCUCCUUUCUGGUUGGGAGCAUUGACGACAGUGAGGAGGCUUUUGCCUUUUCUUGGUCAGCCAGCUCCCACUUUUGUCCUGUGCUUCCUCAUAAGACCUCCUCCUACCUGGCACUGGCCCUCCGAAAGGAAUAGUUACGUGGUAGGUUCACCCCCUCCUGCGCUGGCCAUACACAGCCACGUGUGUGCGUGCUGUCCUCCAUUUCCUGGUCCUCGAUUUCAGGGUGGCCCAUUCUCCUCUGGACUCCCUUACAAAUAGAAAAGACCUACGUCUUUGGCCAGUAAUGUCGGUUGCCCGCAGGCUGUGUAUAUGAGGCCUUUAUGAACGGUUACUUUCUGCCUACUGUGGGGAAGCAUUUGUGAGGCUCUCCGGAGUGAUUUUCAGAGAGACCGUCUUCGGGAGCAUUUAUUUCCGUUGGAAGGUAAGACUUUACCCAAGGUGGAAAUCAGCCUUGCUCAAAGACCCGCUUUGAGGUAUAUAGUAAAGAUGUAUUGGGGGUAAUUUGACACUCUUGCUGGCAGUGGUUCUCCAUUCAGCAUUUUAAAACCCAUUCAUGUUAUAUCUUCCUGAAAAUAUUUGAUUUAUGUGUUUACAUGAAACAAUAAGUUGAAUGAGAUGGUCUGUUCUAAGGAUUUCCGUGACAGCCUCUUUUCCUGAGAUGGAGAGAUUGGAGGUAAUCCACCCGCUCAGCGUGGAAUCAAACUGUGGGUUCUCGGUAGCUGAAGAAGCCAUGUACUGUAUAGUGUUUUUCUCAGAGCAUCAGCUCACGUUCCUCAGAUGCUUUUCUUUUUUUAAUGGUGAGGGAAAAGGUGUAAUUUGGGAUUCCACAGUGCCUUGCAUAUAGUAGGCGCCCAAUAAACAUUUGUUGAAGCAAACCAAGUUUCCCAAGUCCUUGCCUCUUGCAGUGACCAAGAACAUCUUUCUCCUCUGAAGGGCUUGGCAGUUGUGGCUAAAAAAUAAACAGUAUCAUUAUUUGCUUGAAAUCAUAUAUACAAUUUGUAUGAAUUUCGGUAUGUUGCCAAGACAUGAUCUUUUUCUUAUUGUAUUUUCUGUAAAUAUUUCUGGCACUGAACUGUAAAGUAAAGGCAAAAUGUAAAUACGAAGGUGUACCUGUGUCCCUGCCUCCUGUGUUUUCUCUUCAUCAGUUAGGGAAAAAGGCCCAGAGGCUUGUUUGUAUUUAUGCCGAUCCUUUGUCCAGAAGAAACCCAUGGAAUAUUGAAUGUAAUACAUUUAGUCAAUUAAAUUUUAAGGAGAUUCUUAUCUAAUAA